CAAAAGGGAGGCACAAGAACACACUAUUUCACCACUCAUUGAAAAACCAUGUACUCUGCUUCAACAAUGAAAUCCAUGUACAAGCCUCCACUUCCAAGAUCUCCAUCGCGUCUUCGACAGCCUCAACCCAUUCACUCAUCAAACUCUGCCUCUCUUCAAACCCCACCAGGUUCUUUGACCAAAUCUCAGAAACCCCUUCUCUCUCCAAAGAUGCGACCCGAAUACCGCACCAUCUCGUGCGAGUUGCGGGCUCUGGCUAAGAUGGUUCGCGACGAGUUCAGCAACGUGAAUUCGGACCCGAGUGCUAACUCUGGCGGUGCGAACCCUAAUGUUCUGUUCGAGAGAGGGAGAUUCUACGACGAAUAUUCGGCGAGAAGGAACGAGAGGCUCAUGAGAAAGAAGGGAGUGGGCUCGGUCGAUGAAUCUAAGGUUAAGCCUGUUCGUUCUCUUGGGGUUACGGUGGAAUCUGGAAAGAAGAGUACUGUGAGAAGAAAUGGAAAUUUGAGAAAAUCUAUUUCUGCUGCUUACUCUACUGGUAUGACCGAAACACCAAGGUAUAUGCUUAGAAGCAUGACCAAGGAGAAUAAGAAACCUCCUCUUGCUGCAAAAUUUGACAAAUCUGUUGUCGCUGGAGAGAAAAAGAUGGGAACAAGAGCACGAAGGAUAUGAAACCGAUAGGGUUUUAUUUUAUUUUUUUUUCUUGGAGGGGAAAGAUUGAGAACUCCAUUUAAUUUGAUGUUUGGGGUUGAAUCUUGUUCUCUAUCUUGGUUAUAGUUUGCAAUUUUACUUGCCAAUGAAACGUUCAAGUUUAUUUGAGAUCAUUCUCUUUAUAAUUCUUACGUGAUAUUAGUAUGUAUAUCCGUGAUCUAUGAAAUAAAUUUUUUUUCUCA